AAACCCAACUUCAAUUCCAAACCAUUCCGCGAUCCAAACGCAACUAAUUUUCUGUUCCUUUUGAAAUCUGUGUCUCGUUCUAUAUUUCAAACUGUGUAAACCCUAGCGACAAAUUACGCGCGCUCAGAUCUUACAGCUAUGGCGAUCGCUAGAACCGGAGUUUUCGUCGACGAUUACUUGGAGUAUGCAAGCACAUUGCCAGCAGAGUUGCAGAGGCUUCUCAACACCAUUAGAGAACUCGAUGACCGCUCUCAGUCCAUGAUAAAUCAAACACGACAACAGACAAAGAACUGCUUGGAUAUGGCUUCUCAAAACUCCUAUAAAAGCAUUCAUGAAGAUGAUGACAUGGCUUUUGAGAAAAUGAAGAAAGAAAUCGAAGCAAACCAAGAUAAUGCUUUAAGCCUAUGUACUGAGAAGGUUCUUCUUGCACGCCAAGCUUAUGAUCUUAUAGACAGUCAUGUAAAACGUCUUGACGAAGAUCUACACAACUUUGCUGAGGAUUUAAAACAAGAAGGAAAAUUACCAGCAGAUGAACCUGCAAUACUUCCUCCAUUACCUUUAGUUCCUAAAAACGAGAAGCGGAAAUUACCGUAUUCAACGCCUCAAUCUAAGAAACUUGAUUACAGGGAUCGGGAGUGGGACCACCGGGAUAGGGAUUUUGAGCUCAUGCCGCCACCUGGCGGUUUCAAACGGGAUUAUGCAACCCCGUUGGAGAUGGAUCAACCGAUUGAUCCAAACGAACCCACCUACUGUGUUUGUCAUCAGGUUUCUUAUGGUGAUAUGAUUGCAUGUGACAAUGAGAAUUGUCAAGGUGGAGAGUGGUUUCAUUACUCGUGUGUCGGGCUGACACCCGAGACCAGGUUUAAGGGGAAGUGGUAUUGUCCAACUUGCAGACAGCUUCCGUUGUAAUGGAUGAGUUUUUAUGUGUUGUAUAACACGAAUUAUGUGUCGUCGUUUCUUAGUAUGAUGUAAUUUAUUGAAUUCUUCAUGUGAGAUUCCAACCAAUAAGGAGUCAUGUAUUGGGGAUUGUUUGGAGAGAAAUGCAGAUUUAAUUAUGUAAUUAUUCUAAAACACAAAUUUUAAGCCA